AUCGAAGCAACUCUCAGCAGUGAAAAAAAUUUCUCAGACCAUGCCUUCUCCCUCUGUGCAAUGGUUGAGCUUGAUUGGGACCAUGUGGCUCCAGGCCAUUAAUGGGGCAAAUUCUGACUUCCCAGUUUACUCAUCCCAGCUCAAAGAUCUUAAAUCCAUCUCUCAAAUCCAGCUCAAUUUCCUUGCUUUCGCCUCUGAUGCAGGAAAGCUCUUUGGCUGGCUUUCUGGUCUUGCUGCCAUUUUUCUCCCCCUCUGGCUGGUUCCAGUGAUUGGUGCAACUUUUGGGCUGGUAGGCUAUGGCGUGCAGUUUCUCUUCCUAGAGAGUACUCGGCUAUCCUACUGGCAUCUCUUCAUACUCACUGCCCUGGCUGGAAAUGGCAUAUGUUGGAUCAAUACUGCUUGCUACCUCAUCUGUAUCCAAAAUUUUCCUUCAGAUAGCCGUGUUGCAGUUGGGCUAUCCACAGGCUAUGUUGCUUUGAGUGCUAAGAUCUACACUGUUCUGGCGGAUGCAAUCUUCCACCCACGGCCCAAUCAUAAUGCAAAGCCAUAUCUCCUCCUCAAUGCCAUUGUACCUAUACUAAUUAGUCUUUUAGUUUCACCAUUUCUUCGGGAGAUGGGGACCAAAAAUAAAGCAAGAUCAAGUUGGGGGUUCAUGGUGAUGUUUGCCAUAACACUGGCAACUGGAAUUUGUGCAGUUGUUGGCAGCUUUGGGUCUGAAGCAAGAAGGCAUGCAAUAAGCCUAGGAAUACUUCUGACGGUGCCUUUGGUGGUUCCUUUGGCCAUGAAGUAUAGAGAAGGCAAAGAAGAGUUAUGGUGGAACCGGAAGGAGAGGAGAGUCCAUGAUAUAACUGUAGAUGAGGUUGAAACUGGAGAGAGAGUCAUGGAUCUUGAGGUGAAGGAAGCAGGGGCUGUAGAUGGGAAAGUAGAAGGGUCAGUGGAAGUUGGAGGCCUUCAACUGUUAAGGAAGUUGGACUUUUGGUUGUAUUUCUUCAGCUACAUGUUUAGUGCUACCUUGGGUCUUGUCUUCUUGAACAACCUGGGACAGAUAGCAGAGUCUCGUGGAUUCUCGAAGACUUCCACCCUGGUCUCCCUGUCUUCUUCUUUUGGUUUCUUUGGUCGUCUCCUUCCAUCUCUUCUGGACUACUAUUCAACAAGAAGUGGGUACAUGGUGUCAAGGCCGGCAUUCAUGGCCACACUGAUGGCUCCCAUGGCAGGAGCCUUCUUCCUACUUCUAAAUCCAAGCAGGCAUUUCUUGUACCUGAGCACUACUAUUAUUGGAGCGUGCACUGGGGCAAUUACAUCUAUUGCCGUCUCGGCAACCACUGAGCUAUUUGGCAUCAAGCAUUUUGGCGUGAACCACAACAUUGUUGUCACAAAUAUACCGAUAGGGUCGUUUCUCUUUGGUUACCUUGCUGCUCUUCUUUACCAGAGAGAAGCUGAAGGAAGCCAUAGCUGCAAGGGGAUCGAGUGCUACGAGAAAACCUUUAUUAUAUGGGGUUCCACUUGCUCCCUUGCUACUCUUCUUUGUAUAGUUCUCUAUGCCAAAACUCGAAAGUUUUGCUGAAAGACUACUUAAAGAUCUGAUGACACAGAGAAUAAGCUAUUAUACAUGAUUUUCUAGUUCUUAGCACUGGAGGGCCACCAAGAUCUGGUAACAGAUCACAUUGGUAUAGAUGCUCCUGCCUGUGUGCCCAUCCUGAGCAGUUGGCAAGUUGAUGGAGAUUAUUAAGACAAGCUUAUGUACCACAACGGCCUUUCUAUAAAGUUUGCCAGAUAAUGUGAAUCUUCCUCUCAUUACUUUUUGGGUGAACCAAACUCCUGAAAUUACUAAUCAGAUGUUCAGAAUCCAAAAUAUUGACUUUACUGCUACAGAAUUACAAA